ACCGGCUCCUCAGCUUCCAGCCAAGAUGGCGGAGAAUGGCGAGGGUCUGGGCACCGUCCCGGAGCACGAGCGGAUCUUGCAGGAGAUCGAGAGCACCGACACCGCCUGCGUGGGGCCCACCCUUCGGUCUGUUUAUGAUGACCAACCAAAUGCACACAAGAAGUUUAUGGAAAAGUUAGAUGCUUGUAUCCGUAAUCAUGACAAGGAAAUUGAAAAGAUGUGUAAUUUUCAUCAUCAGGGUUUUGUAGAUGCUAUUACAGAACUCCUUAAAGUAAGGACUGAUGCAGAAAAACUGAAGGUACAAGUUACUGAUACCAACCGAAAAUUUCAAGAUGCUGGAAAGGAGGUGAUAGUCCAGACUGAAGAUAUUAUUCGAUGUAGAAUUCAGCAGAGGAAUAUUACAACAGUAGUAGAAAAAUUGCAGUUAUGUCUUCCAGUGCUGGAAAUGUACAGUAAGCUAAAAGAACAGAUGAGUGCAAAACGGUAUUAUUCUGCUCUAAAAACUAUGGAACAAUUAGAAAAUGUGUAUUUUCCCCGGGUUAGUCAAUACCGGUUUUGUCAGCUAAUGAUAGAAAAUCUUCCUAAACUCCGUGAGGAUAUUAAAGAAAUUUCCAUGUCUGAUCUCAAAGACUUUUUGGAAAGCAUUCGAAAACAUUCUGACAAAAUAGGUGAAACAGCAAUGAAACAGGCACAACAGCAGAAAACCUUCAGUGUUGCUUUGCAGAAGCAAAAUCGUGUACAAUUUGGGAAGAAUAUUCACUUCAAUGAUAGAAUUCCAGAAGAAAGGAAUGAAGUUGAAUUGAAACGUGCAUUUGAGGAAGAGGAUGAGAAUGAAGAAGAGGUCUUAACUGUUCAGGAUCUGGUUGAUUUUUCUCCUGUUUACCGAUGUUUACACAUUUAUUCUGUUUUGGGUGAUGAGGAAACAUUUGAAAAUUAUUACCGAAAACAAAGGAAGAAACAAGCAAGACUGGUAUUGCAGCCCCAGUCAAAUAUGCAUGAAACAGUUGAUGGCUAUAGAAGAUAUUUCACUCAAAUUGUAGGGUUCUUUGUGGUGGAAGAUCACAUUUUACAUGUGACCCAAGGAUUAGUAACCAGGGCAUACACUGAUGAACUUUGGAACAUGGCCCUCUCAAAGAUAAUUGCUGUCCUUAGAGCUCAUUCAUCUUAUUGUACUGAUCCUGAUCUUGUUCUGGAGCUGAAGAAUCUCAUUGUAUUAUUUGCAGAUACUUUGCAGGGUUAUGGUUUUCCAGUGAACCGACUUUUUGACCUUUUAUUUGAGAUAAGAGAGCAAUACAAUGAAACACUGCUUAAGAAAUGGGCUGGAGUUUUCAGGGACAUUUUUGAAGAAGAUAAUUAUAGCCCCAUCCCUAUUGUUAAUGAAGAAGAAUAUAAAGUAGUCAUCAGUAAAUUUCCCUUUCAAGAUCCAGACCUUGAAAAGCAAUCUUUCCCAAAGAAAUUUCCCAUGUCUCAGUCAGUGCCUCAUAUUUACAUUCAAGUUAAAGAAUUUAUUUAUGCUAGCCUUAAAUUUUCAGAGUCACUACACCGGAGCUCAACAGAAAUAGAUGAUAUGCUUAGAAAAUCUACAAAUCUGCUGCUGACCAGAACUUUGAGUAGCUGUUUACUGAACCUUAUUAGAAAACCUCAUAUAGGUUUGACAGAGCUGGUGCAGAUCAUCAUCAACACAACACACCUGGAACAAGCUUGCAGGUACCUGGAGGACUUUAUAACUAACAUCACAAACAUUUCUCAAGAGACUGUUCAUACCACAAGACUUUAUGGACUUUCUACUUUUAAGGAUGCCCGACAUGCAGCAGAAGGAGAAAUAUAUACCAAACUUAAUCAAAAAAUUGAUGAAUUUGUUCAGCUUGCUGAUUAUGACUGGACAAUGUCUGAGCCAGAUGGAAGAGCUAGUGGUUAUUUAAUGGAUCUUAUUAAUUUUUUAAGAAGCAUCUUUCAAGUGUUUACUCAUUUACCUGGGAAAGUUGCCCAGACUGCUUGCAUGUCAGCCUGCCAGCAUCUGUCAACAUCCUUAAUGCAGAUGCUAUUGGACAGUGAGUUAAAACAGAUAAGCAUGGGAGCCGUUCAGCAGUUUAACUUAGAUGUCAUACAGUGUGAAUUGUUUGCCAGCUCUGAGCCCGUGCCAGGAUUCCAGGGGGAUACCCUGCAGCUAGCAUUCAUUGACCUCAGACAACUCCUUGACCUGUUUAUGGUUUGGGAUUGGUCUACUUAUCUAGCUGAUUAUGGACAGCCUGCUUCUAAGUACCUUCGGGUGAAUCCAAACACAGCUCUUACUCUUUUGGAGAAAGUCCAUAGAGGGAUGAAGGAUACUAGCAAAAAGAACAACAUAUUUGCUCAGUUCAGGAAGAAUGAUCGAGACAAACAGAAGUUGAUAGAGACAGUCGUGAAACAGCUAAGAAGUUUGGUGAAUGGUAUGUCCCAGCACACCUAGACUUCGAUUGCACUCAGUGACACCAAAUCUGUGAUUCAACAUUGAUCUCUAACAGGCACAGGUCAUGAUACAGUAAUUUGGUUGCAGAAUUAAAAAAUGGAGUAGAAAAA